CACCCAACCGCCAUCUUAGACCACAACAGAAAUUCAAAAUGGACUCCUGUUCGAAAAUGACAGAUGACGUUUUUGACAAAUAUUUACACAGCGAAUGUCAGAACGGUUUCACGAAGCAGCACGUCAAAGAAAUAUUUGUUUCAUAUUUAAAUUUGACAUUCGCAUUCACAUUAACCGCUUUGGAAUUAAUUUACGAUUACAGUUCGUACAUAUUGUUAGCGGUCGCAUUGUACUUUUUGCUAUUUAUUUUGUAUAGGAGUUAUGUUAAUCCUAUUAUUUUUAAAAAGGAAUUCACAGAAAUAGGUUUUGAACACAUUCCACCUGGUCCUGACAGAGACAGGAUCAUAUCUAGAGCUCAAACAGCUAAGAAAAUAGGUAGUAAGACUCCACCGCCAUAUCCUAAUGGAUGGUUUGCAGUCGCUGAAAGUAGAGAAUUGAAGAACGGAGGAGUUAUUUCAGUUGAUGCUCUUGGCCAAAACCUCUGCAUCUACCGCGGGGAAGACGGCGUGGCUCGCUGCAUAGACGCUUACUGUCCUCAUUUGGGAGCGAACUUGGGUAUCGCUGGUACCGUCAGCGGUUCCUGCAUUGAAUGCCCCUUCCAUAAAUGGAGAUUUGGGGAAGAUGGCGCCUGUGUCAGCGUGCCGGGUGUUGAACAUGCACCGAAAGGAGUAUCCAUAAAACAUUGGAACACAGUCGAAAGGGACGGUGCAGUUUGGAUCUGGUACGAUGCUGAAGGAAGAGACCCAUUAUGGACGGUCCCUGAACUACCAGAGCUCAAAAGAUGGGGUUACCGAGGGAGAAACGAAUAUGUCGUCAGCGCACAUAUACAAGAAAUUCCUGAAAACGGCGCUGACGUCGCUCAUUUGAAUGCGGUACAUACUAUGUCGCUGCUGUCAGGCUUAGGAGAGAAAUAUCCUCUACUGAAUGAUUUAAUAGGAUGCCAUGUUUGGUCAGCAACUUGGACCAGAAACGAAGACCACACAGCCACAAUGGCGUUGACUCACGAUUACAAAAUCAUGAAAUUCGACCUUGGACACGUUGAUGUUAAAGUUACACAGAUUGGACCCGGCCAUGUUCGUUUGUUCCUAAGCACUCCAGUCGGACCAAUCCUAGUCUCCCAGUCAGUCACCCCGAUUGGACCAAAUCUGCAAAAAGUCAUACAUCGCAUGUUUUCUCCGACUUACAACGCUCCUUUCGCCGCACUGUCGGUUAAGGCAGAGGGCGCUAUGUUUGAACGAGACAUAGUGAUAUGGAACAGUAAACGUUUCGUAUCUGCACCGACGUAUGUUAAGACGGACAAGACAAUCAGAGCGUUUAGGAAUUGGUUCGCUCAAUUCUAUAGCGAAAACAGCAUACCUUUUAGAGAAGCGUUACAAAACCCUUUGGACUGGUGAUUUCUUAUUUUUCGAGGUUUAAAAUGUCUUUCUAACUAGUAAAUGAAGGGUGCUGUGUCUUAUUUUGAUUUUAGAAGGCGUUAGUGUCUUGAAUAUUACUUGAUAAAAUAUAGUUUUUGAGCAAACCUUCUAAAACUUAAGUGAAAAAAAAGCAAUAGCGGAACUUUCGACACAAAUAAGAAAAUAAUUUAAAAAUCGUGAAUUUAUUGUAAAGAUUUUCAAUCUUAUGGUUUUAUUGAUAAAGUAACAUAUCUUCCAUUGAAAACGACAACCCUUUCUGUAUUAAAUUUUAUCAAUAUCUAGAUUUCUAGGACAGGACUUUACGUCUCGCUAGCGCCAUCUAUUAUUCAUAACCGACAGCUCUCCAUAAAAGUAUUGACAACUAGCCAGUGAUAUCAAAUACUUUUU